AUGUCAUAUUAUCAAAUCACACUUAGAACUAUUCCAAUUUCACCAAAAAGACAUCAGAAAAUUAAGAGUCAUGAGAAGUAAUUGAAAACAAUAUAUAUGAAGUAUAUAAGGGGGAAAAUAUCAUAAGAUUCUUAGGAUGAUGAAGCAAUGGAUUAGAGGGUGGAGGAGGAACAAGUCAAUUAAAAAAAAACAAAAUAUCAUCCAAUAAACAGAUAUAAUAUUGGAGCACGAAAAAAUUAUUGUUAACAAAUUCAAAUCAAAAAAUCUAUUGUUCAGAUAGGAAUAACCUUAAUAGUGGAUAUUGACGCUAUUAAUUUGA